GUCAGCCUGCUGUUGAUAGUGUAGUUUCGAGUCACUAAGACUCAGAAGUGGAAACAGCAGCGAGCUCACACCUCUCCAACUGUUUUUAUCAUUUCAGCUCCGGCUACUUUAUGAUUUCUACAUUCAUGUAAAUACAUUAUUUUUCUCUUUCUUUAAAUAACAAAGAAGAAGAAGAAGAUGGAACUUAACUCCCUGUUAAUUCUGCUGGAGGCGGCAGAGUACUUGGAGAGAAGAGACAGAGAGGCAGAACACGGCUAUGCGUCUGUUUUACCGUUCAGCAGCGACUUUUCCCGAAAGAAGACGAAAACCUCGCCAAUUUCCAGAAAAAAUCAGAACAAUAGAUCGUCACACAACGAGCUGGAGAAACACAGACGUGCCAAACUACGGCUGUACUUGGAGCAGUUGAAGAAGCUGGUGCCUUUGGGUCCAGACAGCACGAGACACACCACACUGAGCUUGCUGAAAAGGGCCAAGAUGCACAUUAAGAAGCUCGAGGAGCAGGACAAGAAGGCUUUGAAUGUGAAGGAGCAGCUGCAGAGAGAGCACCGCUACCUCAAACGCCGCCUGGAGCAGCUCUCAGUGUCAGGAUCUGUGGAGCGCAUUCGCACCGACAGCAUGGGCUCUACCAUCUCCACCGACUCCGAGCAAGAGGUGGACAUCGAGGGCAUGGAGUUCACCCCCGGCGAGGCAGACAGUUUGGACAGUAUUAGCGACGUCGAGGAAGAGGACCACUACAGCCUCCAGAGCAGCUCUAGCGACACCAGCUACACAGCCACACAUUCCCACAGACUGCAGCCGCACCACUGUUAGACACAGCGUGACCAUCCAUCUCCCAGCCAGCUUCCUCACCUGUACGUCCAUCCUCUCACUCAACCUUCCCCCAACCAUUUGCCAUCUCCGCCUACUACCUACGUCAGACCAGUCCACAACGGCGGCACACCCUGAACCAGUUCCACCUUUCCUGGCCCUGGGUUUCCAGGAAACACAUGGGGCUAAAAAGCCACUCAAUCCUUCCUGACCCCCAUCCUGACCACUGACCCUACCUCACCCUACUGUAUCCUGCCUGACCCUCCUCACACGCCCUGCCCUCCCACUGCCCUCACAACCGCUACCAAUUGUUGCAACAGGCUCAGACAGAGCAGGUCAGAGUUUGUGGUUUUUAUCGGGAACUUGUGUGGUGCGUUUGUCAGCUUUGACUUGUUGAUCAGGAAUUUUUUUGUGUUUGUCUGUGUAAAAAUGUUUGAGAGGUCAGAAACAAAAUUUCUUCACAUGGCAAUCAUACACGGACAAGGCUUUGCACUAAGUUUGUAAUGUUAAUGCCAAAGCACUUCUAUUUGUUCUGCAACAUUAGGACCUCGAAAGCUAUUUUAAUUACAAAGUAUCUUCCUUAUACAUAAUUUGAUUCACGGGAGUCGUUACCGCAGAUUUCCUGCUUGUUUCUUGAAACAUUUGACAUUGCUUAUUAAUUUUCUUAGUAAGAAUCAGAUGACAAUCUUGAUACCACUGUCAUUUCUGUCAGUUUUAUGAGGCAGCCAGUUAGCGUAGCUUAGCAUAUAGACUGGACAGGGGUGAAGCUAAAUAACUAACAUUUUAAUAUUUAGCUUGCACAGACGUUAAAACUUUAAAAGCUGUAGAAGUGCUUGUAGAUGGGUUUCUUUAGCUGUGGACAGAGCCAGGUUAGCUUUUUCUAGUCUUCAGUAAGCUAAGAUAAACUGCUGCAGGGUGUAGAUUCCUCUUUACCACACAGGCUUGGGAACUGCAUCAAUUCUCUCAACUAAUUCUUACCAAGCAAAUAAGUGUGUUUCCCAAAAUGUGGAAUUAUUCCUGUGUGCUGUCAAUGCGUUGCAGUGCUUCUGCAGCAGCAUCACUAAAAAUAGGACUUUUUCCAUCAGCUACUUUUGUACACAAUUAACAUCCUUAUAACCAAACGUGGCUGAUUUUUGGCCAAAGACAACCUGAAAAUGUUUCAGAGCUGUAGCAAAGAGGAAAGGAUGUAAAUAGAUGUACAGUUACUGUCCAAAACCUCCAUGUCUCCCUCUGGUUGGGUUGCCUAACCACUACUCCACACUACUGACCACUACACUAUACCACCCUAUAGUGUGGAUGGACUACUAUGUCUCGAAAAACAUGGAGUUGCCUCAAAACUAAAACUCUACUCUGUAAAGAUUGGUCUAAAUCUUUUGUCUCAGUAGCGAAUUGAUGUAGCAAUAAAUACAUGAGGUGGGCGCUUCCACUGAAAAAUGACUCUGGUGGAACAUGAGGUUUUACUGCAGUUUUUUUCCUGUAAAUGGUGAGUGGGUGAGUUGCAGAGAGAGGACCUGCAGAAAAAGAGGGGCAGCUUUCCUUUUUCUUUUUAACGAAUGGGUCCUUCUCUUUUUCUACCCACAAUUCCAUCUACCCAGCAUUGGCAUCUUUCUACAGCUCUGUUACUUUUUCAAGCAGUGUGUGUGUGUGUGUGUGUGUGUGUGUGUUUUUCUCUCGCUCUGAUUAACAAGUCAAAGCUAUAAAUGUGGAAAAAAAGUCAAAACUAAAAAAGGACCAGCUCUAAUGAUUUGUCUAGGCUUUUGUUUUUAGCCAACGUAGAAAAUUAACAAUAUCCAGUUGAACUUUUGAUUUUAACAACUAUAACAAAAAUUAAUUCUGAUUCUCUCUCUCUGCUAAAAGUUAUGUAUUUUUGGAGCUUCUCGGUACUGCUGAAGACCGAUGCAGAUAAGAUUCCUCUCCGACUCGUCUUUAACCUUAUGCACAAUCAUCACUAUUGACAGACUGAAGUCUAAUUAUCAUCGCGCCUCAGUCUUUCAGUCUUUAGGGCUCGGCGUCCCGACACUUCAAAAACAAAAAGGGCCGAUCCAUCGUGGCAGGUCUGACCAAAAAAACUAAAAAGUACCAGACUCAAAAGAAGAAAAAAA